AAACAAGCUCAGCCUGUCUCCUUUCCCUCCAUCUGACGAGCCUGUCUCCUUUCCCUCCAUCCGACUGUAAACAGUUGGCACUCCAAACAAAUCCUCCAAUUUAAUUGCACACAGCGGCACCCCAAACCAGAAGCUGCCCACCGUCGCCUUUCCGCCGGGAAUCAUGCAGGUUCGGCCGGUCUACUAUCCAUCCUAUAUUUUGAAUCCUAACUAUGUUCGCAUAUUAGAUACUACCCUUCGAGAUGGAGAGCAGUCGCCCGGUGCUUGCAUGACGAGUAAGGAGAAGCUAGACAUUGCUAGGCAGCUCUCUCGGCUUCGCGUCGACGUCAUAGAAGCUGGUUUCCCAAGUGCCUCUAAGGAUGAUUUCGAAGCCGUCCGAACCAUUGCCCGUGAGGUCGGGAACGCAGUCACCGACGAUGGCUACGUUCCGGUAAUCUGUGGCCUGGCGCGCUGCAACAGGCCGGACAUCGAGGCAACCUGGGACGCCGUCCGCCAUGCUCUCCGCCCGCGCGUCCAUGUCUUCAUCGCUACGAGCGACAUCCACCUCAAGUACAAGCUCAAAAAGUCGAGGGAGGAGGUGGUGGACAUCGCCAGGAAUAUGGUCGCUUUCGCAAGGAGCCUUGGGUGCGAGGACGUCGAGUUUGGCACCGAAGAUGCGGGAAGAUCUGAUAGGGAGUUUCUUUAUCUUGUCCUUGGAGAGGUCAUCAAGGCUGGGGCAACGACCCUUAACAUUCCUGACACAGUUGGCUACAAUUUGCCCAAUGAAUAUGGAAAGCUGAUCUCUGAUAUUAAGAGCAACACCCCUGCAAUUGAGAACGUGAUUAUUUCUACUCAUUGCCAUAACGAUCUUGGCCUGGCUACAGCAAACACCUUAGCGGGUGCUUAUGCUGGAGCAAGGCAAUUAGAGGUUACUAUUAAUGGAAUUGGUGAACGAGCUGGGAAUGCUUCACUUGAAGAGGUGGUCAUGACUUUAAGAUGCCGAGGUAAAGAACAGUUGGGAGGACUUUAUACUGGGAUCAACACCAAACACAUCAUGAUGGCUAGCAAGAUGGUUAUGCAAUAUUCUGGUCUGACUGUUCAACCUCAUAAGGCAAUUGUUGGGGCCAAUGCUUUCACUCAUGAAAGUGGAAUUCACCAGGAUGGAAUGCUGAAACACAAAGGUACAUAUGAAAUAAUGUCCCCUGAAGACAUUGGAUUGUCUCGAUCUGAUGAAUCUGGUAUUGUUUUGGGAAAGCUUAGUGGGCGUCAUGCUUUGAGGUCUAAACUUGUACAGCUUGGUAAAGAAUUAGAUGGGAAAGAAUUGGAUGAUGUCUUCUGGCGUUUCAAAACUAUGGCUGAGAAGAAGAAGCAUCUAAGUGAUGAAGAUAUAGAAGCAUUAGUUUCUGAUAAAAUCUUCCAGCCUCAAACAAUUUGGUCUCUGGAGAAUGUACAGGUUACUUGUGGAACCUUGGGUCUUUCAACAGGAACUGUUAAAUUAGUUGGACCUGAUGGUGCAAGACAUGUAGCAUGUGCAGUUGGCACAGGCCCUGUAGAUGCAACAUAUAAAGCUAUUGAUAGCAUUGUACAGGUGCCAGUAACACUUCUAGAAUACAGUCUAAAUUCUGUCACCGAGGGUAUUGAUGCAAUAGCCCAUACACGGGUAGUUAUACGUGGGGAGAACAGCCAUACGGCUACACAUGCCUUAAAUGGGGAAACAAUCCAUCGCACUUUCAGUGGUUCAGGAGCCGAGAUGGAUGUUGUUGUAUCUAGUGUUCGGGCAUAUGUGAGUGCUCUGAACAAGAUGCUAGGUUUCAAGUCUGCUUCAUCGAGAAAGACAUUGAACAGCAGCCAAGAAAUUGUUGGGAAGGAAUCGCUUGCUUUUGUUGAUUAACAAUGAAUGCUUGAAAAUGGAAAUUUGAGUGGGUGAAAACAGUUUGAAACGAAGAACGAAGUCAUUGAGUCAAGGUCACAUUAAGGAGAUUGUUGUUCGUGGGCACAUAAGUUCAAGAUGUGAUAUGUGCCUGACCGUAGAAUGUCCACCCUAAGGAUAUGCUUGUAGCAAACAACAAAGAUUUGAUUAUUCAGUAGCAAAUUGUUCUAUUAUUUCAAAAUAUUACCUAUUUGCAAGCUAAAUUUUCCAUUGCAUUGCGGUAUACCAGAGACGGUGUUAACUUUUCUAGAGUAAAGA